AAUGGAACCAGGGAUGACCCGUGAAGAUCAUGGUACCUUCAGAGACAGUGGAGAAGAUCCAAAUGGUCCUAUUUAUUCUCAGAACAUAGAUGGCUCUGAAUAAUGCAGAGGGACCACUGUGCUCCUGGAUGUGAGACACAGCUGUUGAACAAAAUGCAGACUCCACAGAAAAGCCCAAGCCUCAGACCUUUCAAGCAAAGAAAGAGCUCAGCAACCAGAAGGGAGGAAGUUGCUGGAAUCCUAGUGAAGUUCCCUGGCAAGAUCCCGGUGACAGUGGAGCGCUAUCCCAGGGAGAAGCUCUUGCCCUCACUGGACAAGACCAAGUUCCUGGUCACACAGGAGCUGACCAUGACCCAGUUCCUCAGUGUCAUCCGGAGCCGCAUGGUCCUUGGGGCCACUGAAUCCUUUUACUUGCUGGUGAACAACAAGAACUUCGGAAGUAUGAAUGUGACCAUGGCAGAGAUCUACAGGGACUACAAGGAUGAGGAUGGCUUCGUGUACAUGACCUAUGCCUCCCAGAUAUUUGGCUGCUUGGGGUCAGCAGCCCCCAAGGAUGGGAGCAACCUUGGGGGCAGGCCCUGCUAUCCUCUAUAA